UUACAAUAUACAAUAUCAACACUAAUGGGCUACCGUACUUUCAAAAAUUCUUGCACCACAAGAAAGAAAUACUACAGACAUAUAUAAAACUUGAGAAAUAACAGAUUGAAUGUAAAAUUCAAAUUGAGUGCACGUGGUGACAUGCCUGAAUUCUGCAGAAACAAUACUCUAUUCUGGGACUGGAAUCUGACCAGAAGUGGGGAGCAGCCAUUAUUUUCUCCUUGCUUCCUGACCUCUGUUCCGGUCUGGAUGAUCCAUGGCUGGAUUUGGGUUGUCUCCCCUUUCUACAUGUAUUACCUGAUCAGACAGAAAACAAGCCCUAAUCCUCUUAGCUGGCGAAUCAUCCUAAAAACAUUCCUCCUCGUGGUUAAUGUUGUAUUGCUAAUUGUGGAGUGGAUAGUUGAGGAUGCGUCUCUUUAUCUGACACGAAGGACAGCUGUAUUCAGUUUUACUCUUCAGAUUAUUACACUGAGUUUGGUAGGUUUCUACAUUUACAUGGAGCGAUGGAAGGGCUUUGUCACUUCAGGAGUUUUAUUCAUUUACUGGACUGUAGCCAUUAUUAUUGAUACUGUCCCACUAUAUCACAGAAUUCUCUUAUCGGAGUAUUCUAGAAGUCCUCUAUCAUUGGCCUUAUUUUCUACGAUCUAUGGAAUUCAGUGGAUGCAGUGGAUUUUGUCUUGUUUUGCUGAAAUUUCAAAUUCAAAGGAUGUGGGGAAUAGUCCAUACUCUAAAUCUUCCUUUCCCGUCAGGCUAUUUUUCUCCUGGAUAUUUUGGAUUAUUAUCAAAGGAUACAGAAGAACGUUAACACAAGACGACACAUAUCCCUUAGAAUCUUAUGAUAGAGCUGAUACCCUAUUGACUAAGUAUUUAAAAUGCCGGAAACAUUUGGAAAAUAAAGGAAGGAAAAGCAGUAUUAAAAUGAGAAAGGAACAGCCGACAAGGACACACGAAGAUGCUGGAGAGUCUUUGCUUACAGAGGUUGGACAAACUCAACAUUCCGAUCACCAUUUUCCCCAUCAAUCCCUUUUGAUUAUCCUUUUAAAACUUUUUGGAUUCGAAUACUUAAAGUUCCAUCUACUAACUUCAGUCUUGCUAAUUACUAGAUUCACCAACAUUCAAUUACUCAGCUUGCUUCUUGAGUUUAUAGCAGAACCUGGAGCUAACCAGCUAUGGUGGGGUUAUAUGUUGGCGGUAUCACUUUUUGUGGUAUCGGUGAUAGAGGUUUUGUUUCACUAUCAUUCUAUGUACACGGCCUGGAACCUGGGAAAAAGAGUCAGUGCUACACUUAUGGCUGCACUGUAUAAGAAGGCAUUGACAGUAAGUCGCAACUCAAAGCAGACCUCUUCAGUGGGUGAAAUUUUAAAUCUGAUGUCAGUGGAUACGUCUACCAUUCAAGACAACAUGAUGUUUGUUGGGCUAUGGAUCGAAGCUCUUGUGGAGAUUAUGCUGGCUCUUUAUUUUUUGUAUGAGCUUCUUGGAUAUGCGAUGUUUGUAGGAUGUGGGGUGAUGGUUCUUUUGGUACCACUAAAUGCUUUCCUUGCCUCCAAAUCCUUUAGACUGAUGCAAGAACAAAUGAAAGUCAAAGACGGGAGAAUUAACAUUUUAUCUGAAGUUAUCAAUGGUAUAAAGGUCUUGAAGCUCUAUGCUUGGGAAAUGACUUUUAAGAACAAGAUCAUAGACAUAAGAAAUAAGGAACUUCAAAAACUGCUGCAUCUGAAGGUCUUUGAGCGAACCAUCGAAACUCUAUUUCACAUAACACCUGUUAUAGUGAUAUUUUCUAUGUUCUUUACAUAUGUACACAUCAGUGAUAAACCUCUCGACGCCAAGACAGUAUUUGUUUCUCUUUCUCUUUUUAACAUUCUGAGAUUCGCCAUUGACAUGAUACAAAUGGCUCUACGAAAAACUUUGAACUUUGUUGUGGCAGUCAAACGAAUUAGCAAAUUCCUGAAUAGAACAGAUAUUGCGGAAGAUGUCGUUCAAAGAAAUGCCAAACAAGAGAAAGCUAUUCAGAUUAGAAACGGAGAAUUUGCUUGGGAUGACAACACUAUCUUAAAAGAUGUGAAUGUAGAGAUCCCAGAGGGCCGUCUUGUAGCAGUGGUUGGACAAGUAGGUCAAGGGAAGUCUUCAUUGUUGUCAGCAAUCCUAGGAGAGAUGACAAAAAUUAGAGGGAGCGUUACCAUUAAGGGAUCUAUUGCAUAUGUUUCACAGCAGGCCUGGAUUCAAAAUGCUACCAUAGAGGAAAAUAUUCUUUUCGGAUUCAAAAUGGACAAGAAACGGUAUCAUAGAAUAAUUGAGGCUUGUGGUCUGACGCAAGAUCUGAACACGUUUCCUGCAGGAGGUCAGACAGAAAUAGGAGAAAAGGGAAUAAACCUGAGUGGGGGGCAGAAGCAGAGGGUGAGUCUGGCCCGAGCCGUGUACAGUGACGCGGACGUCUAUCUCCUGGACGACCCACUGUCAGCCGUCGAUUCUCAUGUCGGCAAACAUAUAUUCGAGGAAGUCAUUGGAUCGUCAGGGUUACUGAAAAAUAAGACAUGUAUUCUGGUUACACACGGGAUCCAGUGGUUGAAUAAAGUGGAUGAAAUCAUUGUGCUGGCGGACGGGAAAAUAUCGGAGACGGGCUCUUAUGAUGAACUUCUUAGUCAUGCUGGACCCUUUGCAGAUUUUCUCGAGAAUUAUUUGAUAGAUGUUGAUGAAGGGGAGAUAGAGGAGGAGAUGCGGGUAAAUGUUAUACAGAGAUUAACAUCACUAACCUCCGACGACACCAAUGGAUCAGCCAUUGACUUAAGAAUGUCUAUGAACGAUCUAACUGCAAAACAUUUGAAAAUAAAGAGUACCUCCAGCAGUGUGACAGAGAAACAGAUUUCUGUAAACUUAGAAACAGUGACAAAGAAAAAUGCUCAGGUUAAAGACAACUUGAUCGAAGAAGAGGCGGUAGAAACUGGACAGGUGAAAUGGAAGCGGUUUAUGGCUUAUUUCAGAGCAAUGUCUCUGAAGUACUGCAUUCUCAUGGUGAUGUUAUAUGGACUUGGCGAGGGCAUGACUCUGCUUGGAAAUAUAUGGCUUAGCAAAUGGACCGAGGAUCCUGUUUUUACAUUGGUUAAUGAAACUAUACAUGACCCAGAUGUUCAACAAAGGAAUACAUAUUUCCUUGGGAGUUACAUGGGUUUCGGAUUAGGGCAAAUCAUUUUCGUAUUGUUUUAUGGGAUUCUAUUUGUACUUAGAACAACUGCCGCAUCUCGCAAAAUGCAUACCAACCUUCUACAUUCAAUUCUGCGCUGUCCAGUUAGUUUUUUUGACACCACUCCAUCAGGGCGAAUCAUGAACCGUUUUUCUAAGGACAUGGAUUCAAUAGAUACAGUAUUUCCUUGGUAUCUAGAAAUGGUCAUGUUCUGUUUUAUUUCACUUCUGGGAGUUCUGGUUGCGAUCACAUACACUUCUCGCUGGUUUCUCUUGGUAGCUAUUCCAAUUGGAAUUUUCUACUACCUCUUACUGAGUUUUUACUUACCAACCGCUAGACAACUGAGAAGAAUUUCAUCAACCAACAGAUCUCCAAUUUACAGUUAUUUCAGUGAAACCUUAGCUGGUGCGAGUGUCCUCAGGGCAUUUGGUAAAGGAGACGAGUUUAUGUCUGAGCUUCAGAGCAGAGUGAAUAAUUACCAACAAGUCAAGUGGGCUGAAAUAUCUGUCGAUGGGUGGAGAGGUAUUCAUGUUGGACUUCUGGGAUGCUGUGUGAUUUUAGCAGCUUCUAUAAUAUCAGUAGCAACCAGAAACAGUAUAAGCGCAGGAAUGGCUGGGCUCUCAAUAUCCUAUUCCCUCAAUGUAACAAAUCUGAUGAGUUGGUUGUUGUACACAAUAACCACAGUGGAAACAAAUGCAGUAUCUGUAGAACGUAUAGCAGAAUAUACUGAUAAAGAACCAGAGGCUGAACUUGUCAAAGCCGAUCAUCGACCUCCAGAGGACUGGCCGAGUCAAGGUCAGGUCACUCUGACCUCUUACUCUACACGAUACAGACCCAACCUAGACUUAGUUCUGAAGGACAUCAAUGUCACCAUCAAACCUGGAGAAAAAGUUGGUAUUGUUGGGAGGACAGGGGCAGGUAAAUCUUCCCUGACCCUGGCGCUGUUCCGUUUGAUAGAACCAGCCUCUGGGAAUAUAGAUAUAGACGGGGUCAAGUUAACAGAUAUAGGACUUCAUGACUGUAGAUCAAAGCUGACUAUUUUACCCCAGGAUCCGGUGUUGUUUUCUGGUACUCUGCGGAUGAACAUAGACCCAAUGGAUCAGAGCAAAGAUGGAGAGAUUUGGAAUGCUCUUGAGCAUGCUCAUCUGAAAUCUUUCGUGCUUACUCUGCCUGCUGGGCUAGAAUCAGAGUGUGGGGAGGGUGGAAGUAACCUCAGUGUAGGUCAAAAACAAUUGGUUUGUCUGGCGCGAUCUCUUUUGAGGAAGACAAAAAUUCUAAUACUGGAUGAAGCCACGGCUGCAGUGGACCUAGAGACGGACGACCUUAUACAGAGGACGAUACGGGAGGAAUUCAGGGAGUGUACAGUACUGACCAUCGCACACAGGAUCAACACAGUGAUGGACUACGACAGAAUUUUGGUGCUUGACAAUGGUCGUCUACUGGAAUCAGAUACACCACAGAAUCUGAUGUCCAACACUAAGAGUCUAUUCCAUGAACUAGUCAAAAAUGCUGGCAUUAUAAAAUAAACUAUCUUCAGCCAA